AUGUUUAUGCAACGCCUCUGGAAACUGAAGACUGAGGAUAACAGUCCCUACGAGUGGGACAGGCCACUUCCACCCAACCUACAAGAAGAAUGGAAAAUGUAUCACGCCACUUUGGAUAUACUUUCCGAAUUACGAAUUCCUCGCUUCGUUUCAUUUGCCGAUGCACCAAUACUCCAGCUACACCUGUUUUCCGACGCUUCAGAAUUGGCUUACGGCGCAUGCUGCUACGCUCGUUCAGAGGACGACAAUCGCAUUCGCGUACAACUGCUGACUUCGAAGUCGAAGGUUGCGCCAAUAGCCACCAAGCAUUCCAUCGCUCGUCUGGAACUGAACGCUGCUGUCCUGUCUACCAGAUUGUUCCAGAAGAUAAACCAAUCAAUGCGAUCGUCAACCGAAGUUUUCUUCUGGACAGAUUCAACCACCGUCCUGCAGUGGCUUAAAUCUGCACCGAAUCGUUGGAAAACCUUUGUAGCCAAUCGAGUUUCAACGAUCCAGUCUAACACCGGAGGCCGUUGGUGGAACGGACCGUCGUGGCUUUCCAAAUCGUCCGAUCAUUGGCCAAAUGCAAGCAUCCCCUGCGAAGAGUUCCAAUCUACAGCCGAAGAGGCACGCAAUGUUUCGUUAGUAGCGGUGCCUAGUGAAGAAACCUCAUUCGCAGAUCAGUUGUUCCUUCGUUUCUCAUCAUUUUCCAAAAUACGUCGUGUGGUUGCCUACUGCAUCAAGUACAUCAAUUCCCUGAAGGUUGCAGAACGAAGCUCGUCAAAAAAAAGAACAACGCUCCUUUCUACAGAAGAUUUGCUGGCUGCUGACCGUGCAUUAUCUCGUCUCGCACAGCAACAAACUUUCGCAGAUAAGGUAGCAGAGAUUAAAUCCGUCGGAACCGUGAAAGGUGCCCCAUUGAAAUGGCUGAAGCCACGCUUGACACUCGACGGAAUCCUCCGUGUUGGUGGACGACUCGAGAAUGCCCAUGCACCCGAAGCAAGCAAGCACCCAAUCAUCCUGUCAUCCAAGGACCCUCUGUCUCGUCUACUAUGCGAUCAUUACCAUAAGGCUCUCCUUCAUGCUGGUCCCCAGUUGAUGCUGUCCACAUUGCGCCAGAAAUAUUGGAUUCUUGGAGGAAGAGACCUGACCCGAUCAACCUACCACCAAUGUGUAAAAUGUUUCCGCACUAAGCCGCAACUCAUCCAACAGAGCACUGCUGAUCUACCAACGUCCCGUGUCACGCCAGCACGGCCGUUUUCCAUCUCUGGUGUGGAUUACUGCGGCCCGGUAUUUCUCAAGUCUCCAGUGCGGAAUAGAUCUCCGACAAAGGCUUAUAUAGCCAUCUUCGUGUGCUUCUCGACCAGAGCAGUACACAUAGAGCUGGUUUCGGACCUUUCCACUCCAGCCUUCCUCUCAGCUCUACGUCGCUUUGUUGCACGCCGCGGGCGCAUUUGUGAGCUCCACUCCGAUAACGGGACCGCCUUUAAGGGAGCAGCAAAUGUCUUGCAUCGCAUCUACGAAAUGCUGAAGCUCAACGACAGUGACCGCGAAUCCAUCACCAACUGGUGUGCUGAGCAGGAAAUCCAGUGGAAGUUUAUACCGCCACGCGCCCCACAUUUCGGAGGAUUGUGGGAAGCGGCGGUGAAAUCGUGCAAGCACCAUCUCCUACGAGAAAUAGGCCAAACAUCGAUCAGCUGGGAAGAUAUGACAACGUUGCUGGCACAAAUCGAAAUGUGCUUGAACUCACGACCACUAACUCCGCUUCCAACAGAUCCCGCCGACCUCAAGUACUUACCCCAGGCCAUUUUCUUGUUGGUUCGAAUCUCCAAGCAGUUCCGUCAGCCAAUGUUACCGAAAUACCGGACAACCGUCUGGAUCACUGGCAACGAACCGAAAAGCAGUUGCAGCGUAUUUGGACAAGGUGGUAUCCGGAGUAUCUUGCCCAACUUCAAACCAGAGCCAACAAGGUGGCCGCUGGGACGAAUUACGAAGCUGCAUCCAGGUAAAGAUGGAAUCGUCCGUGUUGUCAGCAUGAAGACAGCAGCAGCAGAGAACGUCGUGCGACCAGCCGCCAAGGUGGCCCUUCUACCUAUAACACCAGAUGACUACCAAACCACAUC